GUGUUCCCAACCGAGUACGAGUUUGUCUCACGCUUUCCGUCGUUUCUUGCUUGUUCUAUUGCCGUGUGGAUGCCCCGGGGCAGGCUCGCUGUGGUGGCUGUGCUGACAGCGCCUCAGGGCUGAGAGCUGGGAUUCGGUGGGGCCUUUGUGUGGUGCAUCCUGCCCACGUUAUGGGGCACGGCCCCGCGCUGUGAAUCGGCCCCGCAGGCUGCUGGCAGUUGUGAGCUCCUGCACUGAUGGCAUGGGCUAUGGAUGGGGGAGGAUUGAGUCUGAGGCAACCCAUCAGCACCUGGUGGCUGUACUUUGCUCGUAAUUGGGCCAUGAUGUUAGACUUCUCCAAUAUUAAGAUGUAUGCUUAUAAGGGGUUGCUAGAUUGAUGGCUAGUCUAGUCAUACGUUGUAUUUCCAAUGUUUUAAACAGAAGAAACCUGCUAGCUUAUUAAUGAAAUUAUGUCAUGGGGUCGUUUGCAGGUGUCAGUUCAGAAUUACAGGGUCUGGGGCUCCCACAGGGAUUCGGAAACAUGCAGACUGCAGUUGCAAGGACUCUGCCCCACAUGGUGUGUUAACACCGAAUAUAGAGAACGGUGAUUUUCCCUACCAAGUACCCAGCUUCCCUAAGUGUGAGAUCUGUUUGCUGUCUUUCCCAAAAGAGACCCAGUUCCAGCGCCAUAUGAGGGAUCAUGAGCAAAAUGACAAGCCUCACCGAUGUGACCAGUGUUCAAUGUCAUUUAAUGUUGAAUUCAACUUGACACUUCAUAAAUGUACUCACAAUGGCGAAGAUCCUACGUGUCCUGUGUGCAACAAGAAAUUCUCCAGAGUGGCCAGCCUGAAAGCUCAUAUAAUGCUGCAUGAAAAAGAAGAGAAUCUUAUCUGUUCAGAGUGUGGAGAUGAAUUUACGUUGCAGAGUCAGCUGUCCAUACACAUGGAAGAGCAUCGUCAAGAACUGGCAGGCAAUAGGGUCCACAGCUGCAAAUCUUGCAAAAGGGAAUUUGAAACUUCCUCACAGCUGAAGGAGCAUAUGAAGACUCACUAUAAAAUAAGGGUAUCAAAUACCAGGUCUUAUAACAGAAAUAUUGACAGAAGUGGGUUCACCUAUUCAUGUCCUCACUGUGGAAAGACGUUCCAGAAACCAAGUCAGUUAACUCGACAUGUUAGAAUUCAUACAGGUGAAAGACCGUUUAAAUGUAGUGAAUGUGGAAAAGCCUUUAACCAGAAGGGGGCGUUGCAGACCCAUAUGAUCAAGCACACUGGUGAAAAACCCCAUGCUUGUGCCUUUUGUCCUGCUGCCUUUUCUCAGAAAGGCAAUCUUCAAUCACACAUACAGAGAGUUCAUUCAGAGGUGAAGAAUGGCCCUACCUACAACUGUACAGAAUGUAGCUGUGUCUUCAAAAGCUUGGGUAGUUUAAACACGCAUAUCAGCAAGAUGCACAUGGGUGGUCCACAGAAUUCUGCAAGCUCUUCAACAGAUGUAUCUCAUGUUACAGCGGACUCUGUCACCCAGCCUUUAACAACAUCUCCUGCUAAUCUUUUGCAACCUGUUGAUAAUAAGUGGAAGAACGCCACACAUUUCCGGUCUCCACUUCUUCAGCAGACAGAAAACCAGGUGUCUUCAGCUACUGCUAAUCAGGGACAACAGGCUGUAACUGAUGUCAUCCAGCAACUCCUUGAGUUAUCAGAACCAGGUGCUGUAGAAAAUAGCCAGCCUCAACAACCUGGUCAGCAGCUCAACAUUGCUGUGGGACUCAACAGAGAUAUUUUGCAGCAAGCUUUAGAGAAUAGUGGAUUGUCUUCAAUUCCUGUCUCCGCACAUUCUACUGACUGCAGCCAAGCUAAGACUCCUGGGACCCAGGAUCAGAACACAGAUGUCCAGACUCUCUCAAAUCAUCAGGCUGACUCUAAUAAUGCAGAACAAGAUAAGGAACAAGAGAGCACAGAUAAACUGGAUAAAAAAGAAAAAAAGGUUAUUAAGAAAAAAUCGCCAUUUUUACCUGGUUCUAUACGUGAAGAAAAUGGAAUAAGGUGGCAUGUUUGUCCAUACUGCUCUAAAGAAUUUAAAAAACCGAGUGAUUUAGUGCGUCACAUUCGCAUUCAUACCCAUGAGAAGCCAUUCAAGUGUCCCCAGUGUUUUCGUGCAUUUGCCGUUAAGAGUACUCUCACAGCACACAUAAAAACACAUACUGGCAUUAAAGCUUUCAAGUGCCAAUUUUGUAUGAAAUGCUUUUCCACCUCAGGGAGUUUAAAAGUUCAUAUACGUCUACAUACAGGUGUUAGGCCUUUUGCUUGUCCUCACUGUGACAAGAAGUUUAGAACGUCUGGCCACAGGAAAACUCAUAUUGCUUCACAUUUUAAACAUAGUGAACUAAGAAAGAUGCGACAUCAACGUAAACCUGCAAAAGUUCGAGUAGGAAAGACGAGUGUUCCUGUACCAGAUAUCCCUUUGCAGGAGCCCAUACUCAUCACUGAUUUAGGUCUUAUCCAACCAAUUCCAAGGAAUAGCCAGUUCUUCCAAAAUUAUUUUAACAGUAAUUUUGUGAAUGAUGCAGACAGACCGUACAAAUGUUUUUAUUGCCAUCGAGCCUAUAAAAAAUCUUGUCAUCUUAAACAACAUAUCAGGUCGCAUACUGGUGAAAAGCCCUUUAAGUGCUCUCAGUGUGGAAGAGGUUUUGUGUCAGCAGGAGUUCUGAAAGCACAUAUUAGAACACAUACUGGACUGAAAGCUUUUAAGUGUCUUAUAUGCAACGGGGCCUUCACUACUGGUGGUAGCCUCAGGCGGCACAUGGGGAUCCAUAAUGACCUUCGGCCGUAUAUGUGUCCGUAUUGUCAAAAAACAUUCAAAACCUCAUUAAACUGUAAAAAACAUAUGAAGACUCAUAGGUAUGAACUUGCACAGCAACUUCAGCAACAUCAGCAGUCUACUUCAAUAGAUGAUUCUACAGUAGAUCAACAGAGCAUUCAUGUUUCUGCACAGAUGCAAGUAGAGAUUGAAAGUGAUGAGCUGCAGCAGUCAGAAGCUGUUGCAACAGAUCAGCAAGCAAUUUUAGAGUUAGACCAGCAGCCAGUAGGAGGCACAGAAGAAACAGCGCUUGAACAACAAUUGGCUGAUCAACCUUUAGAGCAAGAUGAGGAUAGAUUUGUGACAUCGCAGCAUGCUUUACAGGAAAACAUGACUCAAUUUGAGCAACAAUCUAUAACACAGCAGUCAUUUGAUCAACAGAGCUUAUCACAAGGGUUUGCAGUUAAUGAGAGCUACAAUCAACAGACUCAGUUUCCAGCUGUUCAGCAGCUGCAGGAUUCAAGCACACUUGAAUCUCAGGCUCUUUCAACAAGUUACCAUCCACCAUCCCUUCUUCAAGUUCCUAAUACAGACGCUAUUAAUGUAACUACUCGCUUGAUACAAGAUCAGUCAUCACAAGAAGAGCUUGAAUUGCAUACCCAAAGGCCUCAUUUUCUUGAGGACAGUGAAGAUCAAAGCAGGCGUUCAUAUAGAUGUGAAUAUUGCAACAAGGGUUUUAAGAAAUCCAGCCAUUUGAAACAACAUGUACGAUCGCAUACUGGUGAGAAGCCUUAUAAAUGCCAACUAUGUGGCCGUGGCUUUGUUUCCUCAGGAGUUCUUAAGUCACAUGAAAAGACUCAUACAGGAGUUAAAGCAUUCAGCUGUAGCAUUUGCAAUACAUCCUUCACAACUAAUGGCAGCCUUACAAGGCACAUGGCAACUCACAUGAGCAUGAAGCCUUACAAGUGCCCAUUCUGUGAUGAAAGCUUUCGAACAACUGUUCACUGCAAAAAGCAUAUGAAAAAACAUCAAGCAGUCUCCUCAGCUGUAGCAUCAGCUACAGAAACAGGAGGGGGAGUUACAUGUGUUGAAGAUGAUGAUGAAAAUUCUGAAAGAGCUUCCAGAAAAUCUCGUCCUGGUGUCAUAACUUUUACAGAAGAAGAAACAGCAGAACUGGCAAAAAUUAGGCCUCGAGAAAGUGCUACUGUCUCAGAAAAAGUUCUUGUUCAAUCUGCUGCAGAGAAAGACAGAAUUAGUGAGAUCAAAGAUAAGCAGGCAGAAUUGGAAGCAGAGCCUAAAUAUGCCAACUGUUGUAGUUACUGCCCCAAAAGCUUUAAAAAGCCCAGUGAUUUAGUCAGGCAUGUUCGUAUCCAUACUGGAGAGAAGCCGUAUAAGUGUGAAGAAUGUGGGAAGAGUUUCACUGUAAAAUCCACUCUAGAUUGUCAUGUUAAAACACAUACAGGUCAGAAGCUCUUCAGUUGUCACGUGUGCAGUAAUUCUUUUUCUACAAAAGGAAGUCUAAAAGUCCACAUGCGUCUGCAUACAGGAGCAAAGCCAUUUAAAUGUCCACACUGUGAUUUACGGUUUCGUACUUCUGGGCGCAGAAAAACCCACAUCCAGUGUCAUUAUAAACCAGAAACAAAGAAGGUUAGGAAGCCUGUUGCCCGCACUUCAGCUGAGGGACUGCAGCCAGUCAGUCUUCUUAAUUCAUCUUCAACAGAUCCUAAUGUUUUCAUCAUGAAUAACUCUGUUUUGACAAGUCAGUUUGAUCAAAAUUUACUUCAACAAGGACUUGUGGGCCAGGCUAUCCUGCCUGCUUCCGUGUCAGCUGGAGGUGACUUAACUGUGUCCUUGACAGAUGGUAGCUUGGCCACUCUUGAAGGAAUACAGUUACAACUUGCUGCUAAUCUGGUUGGACAAAAUGUUCAAAUCUCUGGAAUCGAUGCUGCUAGUAUCAACAACAUAACAUUACAGAUUGAUCCAAGCAUUCUACAGCAAACCUUACAGCAGAGUAAUAUACUUGCUCAGCAACUAACUGGAGAUCCCAGUAUGGCUCCACAGAAUCCCUCCCUCCAGACAACGGAAAAUGCAGUGCCAGCUAACGUGGUUAUUCAGCCUAUAUCAGGCCUGUCUUUGCAGCCUACAGUAACAUCUUCAGCUAACAUGACAAUUGGAUCCCUAUCUGAGCAAGAGUCUGUGCUGACGACCAGUGCUAGUGGUACACAGGACAUCUCUCAGGUCAUGACUUCACAGGGUAUGGUGUCAUCUUCAAAUGGACAACAUGAGAUAACAUUGACCAUAAAUAAUUCCAGUUUGAGUCAAGUUCUAGCUCAUGCUACAGGUUCUACUACUGCAAGCUCAUCAGGAAGUCCUCAAGAAAUCACUCUUACAAUAUCUGGUCAAGAUCUUAUUCAGCAUAAUUCUGGAAGCAGUGAUCUGAAUAGUAGCUUAAGGUUGACAGCACCAACCAUCAACAGUCAGAGUACAGGUGCAACAUUAACUAUAAGUAACGACCACCUUCUUUCUCAGGGCACUUCACUAAAUGCUCCAGAGCUUAAUACAACAACUGGAACAAACCUUCCUUCAACAACACCCAUAUCUCAAUCUACAGUUUCUGCCCAGAAUUUGGUCAUGUCUUCAUCAGGAGUUGGAGGAGAUGGUAGUGUCACUUUGACCCUUGCUGAUACUCAGGGAAUGUUGUCAGGUGGUCUUGAUGCAGUUACACUUAAUAUCACAUCACAGGGUCAGCAGUUCCCUGCUAUACUCGCAGAUUCCAGUCUCGCUAGCCAAAGUGGGUCAGGCUCACAGCAAGUCAUACUGGUGAGCCAUACACCCCAUUCAGCAGCUACAAACUCCGAUGAAAUAACGUAUCAGGUGACAGAGGUUUCUCCUAAUGUAACUAAAAGCAAUCAAGCAGAAAAAGAAGGUCGUGUGCACCAGUGUUUUGAGUGUAGUCAGACCUUUUCUUCGGCCACCAUGUUGAUGCAUCACAGUAAAGAGGUUCACGGCAAGGAAAGAAUACAUGUUUGUCAUGUCUGCAAUAAAGCCUUUAAGCGGGCAACACAUCUCAAGGAACACAUGCAAACCCAUCAGGCUGGACCUUCACUGAGUUCCCAGAAACCUCGGGUGUUUAAGUGUGAUACCUGUGAAAAAGCUUUUGCAAAACCAAGUCAGCUGGAGAGACAUUGUCGCAUUCACACAGGGGAACGGCCAUUUCAGUGUACGCUAUGUGAAAAGGCUUUUAACCAGAAGAGUGCUCUUCAAGUUCACAUGAAAAAGCACACAGGAGAAAGGCCUUACAAAUGUGAUUACUGUGCAAUGGGAUUUACACAGAAAAGCAAUAUGAAACUUCAUAUGAAACGGGCUCAUGGUUACACUGGUCCUGUGCAAGAACCUGCUAGUAAUCAAGAACAAGAAGGGGAAGAUAUUAGUCGUGCUCUGAAUUUAGAGGAAGUGGUACAAGAAUCGUCAAAUGAAUGGCAAAAUAUAGGCAGUGUUUUUCGAUGACACCUUGAUGUCUGAAAGCUGACUUUUUUUUUUUUUUUUUUUUUUUUGGAACUUGGGUUUCUCUAAAGAAGUUUUCAGAAAAGGAAAAAGUUGGAUUUUACAGUUGAAACUUCAAGCAUUGGAAAUAUUAACAAUAAGAUAAUAUAUUAUAGGAUUUUUUUUAAUUAUUUGCAAAAAUUACCUAAAAGAAUCAAUGUCCUUUUUUUAAGCUUGUAGAAAAAUAUUGUGAAAUCAUCACUUAAUCUGUGCUAAGUUGUCUGUGAAUGAAUGAACUCAGGUAAUACUGUAUACAGUUUCAUCUUUUAAUUCACAGCCAGUAUAUCUAUUUGAAAAAUGAACUGGAACUUCAUACUAGAGUAGAAUUUUUAAAGGAGGGGAAUAAUUACUUCAUGGGAAAACCAUGAAGCUGUUAGCUUUCUUUUUUUUUUCUUUU